AGAUUUUUGCGAUAAAUUAAUUUGUUUUUUAGUUACGAUUCUGUCUUCAGAUAAUCAGAUUACAGUUUUUCAAGCGGUGGAUUGCUGGAGAACUAAACUGAUCUAGGAAUCGCGUAUAGAUAAAGAGAAUCAAGCUUUUCUAGGUUCCUCCAGUGUAGCCUUUUGAAGCUUAUCAGUAUACGGUAUGGGAUAUAGUUCGUGUGACGACAAGAUCCUCAGCUACAACGAUGUUGUCCUCAGGAGAUCAGAUUUGGACAUCCUAAAGCCGCCAAAUUUCCUAAACGAUCGUGUUAUCGAGUUCUACCUAAGCUACUUAUCCACAGUCCACACCUGCCCUACUAUCUCACUAAUCCCUCCUUCCAUUGCCUUCUGGAUCUCAAACUACCCUGACACUGAAUCCCUCAAAGAUUUCAUGAAACCCUUGAGAUUAAACGACAUCGACCUCCUGAUAUUGCCUGUCAACGACAACCUCGAUGUCGAGCUAGCAGAAGGCGGAUUACACUGGAGCUUGCUCGUCUACUACAAAGAAGCAAACUCGUUUUUCCAUCACGAUAGCUUGAUGGGAAUGAAUAAACGUAACGCGGAAAAGCUCUUCAAGGCGGUUUCUCCAUUUGUGUCCAACGGAGAUGCAGCAUACAGAGAAUGCAAUGAUACAACACCGCAGCAAAAGAACGGGUACGAUUGUGGUGUUUACGUUCUUGCGAUCGCUCAGGUUGUAUGCCAAUGGUUUAGCUCUGGAGGAAUGAAGAAGAACCGGGAUGAGUUUUGGUUUACUGAUGUGAAGGAGACUGUACCGGAAUCGGUUAGCCAUUUGAGAGAAGACAUAUUGAGGCUGAUUAAAAGUUUGAUGUCUGAGAAGACUGCGAGUAAAUAAAGAAAUGGUUGUUGAAUCAUGUUUUUUUGGAUAUUCCGGAACUAUAAUAUUUGAUAUUUUCACC